AUGAAAAUACGUCAUUAUGUGAAAUGGAAUGUCUCCUCUGGAUCAAAGACAACACAACUAGUAUUCAAGAGAUUCACAGAAGAAACAUGUCAGAAUAAUCCAUGUCUGAAUGGUGGUACGUGUACACCUGGAAAGCUAUCUUGUACUUGUUCUCAAGGAUGGAUGGGCAGAUACUGUCAUAGAAAGUGUCGUAACAUUUACAAGAGUUGCGAUCGAUGGGCGGUAGAAGACAAAUGUCACACUAUUCUGACUCAAACCAACUUCUUCGAUGUAAACUGUGCUAUUUCUUGCAAGAUGUGCUCUCCAGAUCCAAACUAUGUUGCUCCAGAGAUCCCACUCGCUCCAGCACUUGAGCCUAUGCAAUUUUUCCUCGGAAAAUGGCAUUCCAGAGCAUCUAAAGGGCUGCGGUUCCCAACUGACUUGUAUGAUUCAGAGUAUGAAGAAAUUAUUGAUAUUGCUCCAGCUAAUGUGCCAAUGUUUGGCCCACCGUCCUUGAAUUUUACAAGUACAUCGUGGUUUGAAGAUGAUACCAGAGUGAUGCAUGGAUUUAUUACAUUGAAACCGAAUUCUUUCCCACCAGAAGUUGCUAUCCUUAGUACAAGUAAUGAAGGAUUGAACAUGAUUGAACUUGGAACCCUCAAACAUCACGUACUCACUCUGAAUGUUUCGUACAUGCAAGUACAUCCAACAAUGGACAGCAAAGUGUUACCACUGGGUGCUACCAGACGGCUGAGAAGAGUUGGAAACUUGCUAGAAAUGACAGUAGCAAAGUUGUUCAGUGAGAAUAAGGUGUCUCAAUUCAAGAAAAUGUUCAAAAAGAUUGCGGAUUAUGCUUUCUAA